GACCGCUGUUUUCUGGGACUGGAAAAUCAAAACCAGCAGCGAGAAUAUUCUAUAAAAAGCUUCGCCCUUGUUCUUCAUCCGGCAACAGCUUCUUGCUUUUCCAGACGGAUAGAGAACGUCGAGAGAAUUAUGGCUUCAGUGAAGAAAGCUUCGAUUUUGGUAGCAGCGAGCGUUGGCGCAGUGGAGGCGCUUAAGGAUCAAGCAGGGUUGUGCAGAUGGAACUACGCUCUGAGGUCUCUGCAGCAGCACGCCAAGAGCAACAUGAGGUCGCUGUCUCAGGCCGUGAGAAUGUCCUCCGCCGUCUCUGAUGGCCGAUGCAGCGAGCGAGCCAAGCAAUCGGAGGAGUCGCUGAGGAAAGUGAUGUACCUCACCUGCUGGGGACCCAAUUAGCGUUUGGUGAUCAGACAGAUCGUUCGGGUGAUAGAUUGAAUAUAUACUGAGCAGAGAGAAAGGAUGAACAAUUGAGGUUCAACUUGUGCAAGUGUAUAGUUUGGCACGUAUUGUAAUGAAUUGCGUAGUCGGAUUAUUUCUCUCUUACGGUACUUUUAUUA